UUAAGCAGGAAAACACCGCACUAGAAUAUGCAAAGAGGAGCCUCUAACCUGGCAGUUUAAGCUUCAGGCUAAGAGGGUUGAUUAGUCCUAUCUCUGUCUGGUGGAUGUGUUUGGAGGUGGUCUGCUGUGUCUGAGAUUCAAGAGGAAAACCGGGUUACAGGGGAAAUGUUCUCAGCAUAACAAGAGGAAGUGUUUCGUAAUGAGCGUUGCUACAUGUUCAUGCUUCUCGCUGAACAGAAAUAGGAAGUAUGCAGAGGAGCAAACAAAAAAAACACAAAUCCACAACUCUGGGCAACAGAGCUUUUCUCUGUGUAAGCCACCAGGGUCCAUUUUUUGAAUUUUUCUCCAGGCGGAGGUGAUUUUCGGGUAGCCGCAUGCCGUUCCCCAGCAGGAAGGGGCUUUCUGAAGAAGUGUGAAAGAUGAGUGACUCUCUGGAGCGGACCACAGACUGUCCUCCCUUGCCACCUCCUGGAGAUGAAUGCAGCCUGGAUGAGAGCGGAGGGAACGCAGCGGGUGGAAGCGAGCUACACUGGGAGGAUGGAGGUCUCCCGCUGGAGCUGCAGAGGGGGAUGGAGACCCUGCGAGUCAACAGAGAGCUGACCGAUGUCGUUCUGUGUGUUCAGGACCAUGACUUCCCAUGCCACAGAGCCACUCUCGCCGCUGCCAGUCAAUAUUUCAGAGCCAUGUUUCUCAGUGGCCUGAAGGAGAGUCGUGAGGAGCGUGUGGAAAUCAAAGAGAUGGACAGCAGCACAAUGCGCUCUCUUCUGGAGUAUACUUACACCAGCCGAGCCCUGCUCACACACUCCAAUGUCCAGAAAAUACUGGAGGCCGCCAGUCAGUUUCAGUUUAUGCGUGUGGUGGAUGCGUGUGCCGAAUUCCUCAGUAAGUCCAUGAAUCUGGAGAACUGCAUCGGGAUCCUCAACCUGGCCGACGCCCACGCCCUGCCGGGCCUGCGGGCCAGAGUCCAGGACUUCAUCGCCACUCAGUUCUCCCAGGUGGUUGGGCAGCAGGACUUCCUGGAGCUGUCGGCGGCGUCCCUGGAGAGCGUCCUGCAGAGGGACGACCUGGACGUGAAGCGUGAGGAGAGCGUUUUCGAAGCGCUGAUGAGCUGGGUGAGGGCCCGGCGGGACGAGCGCCGCACGGCGCUGGCCAGGCUGCUCUCUCACGUGCGGCUGCCGCUGCUGGAGCCGGCGUACUUUGUGGAAAAGGUGGAGUCGGACGAGCUGAUCCGCCACUGCAGCGACGUGUUUCCUCUGCUGCAAGAGGCCCGCGUCUAUCACCUGUCUGGCAGGGAGGUGGUGUCGGAACGAACCAAGCCGCGCAUGCAGCACUUUUUGUCGGAGGUGUUUCUGAUCAUCGGAGGCUGCACUAAAGACGAGCGCUUCAUUUCCACCGUGACCUGUUUGGACCCUCUCCGACGCAGCAGGCUGGAGGUCGCCAAGCUCCCGAUGACGGAGGCGGAGGACGAGACUCAGAACAAGAAAUGGGUGGAGUUUGCCUGCAUCACCUUUCAUAAUGAAGUGUACAUAUCUGGAGGUAAAGAGACCCAGCAUGAUGUGUGGAAAUAUAACAGCGCCCUGGACAAGUGGAUCCAAAUCGACCUUCUCUCCACGGGGCGCUGGAGACACAAGAUGGCAGUGCAUGGCGGGAAGGUGUACGUGCUGGGGGGCUUCGAUGGAGUGCAGAGACUAGCCAGUGUAGAGGCCUACGAUCCGUUUCACAACCGCUGGACACAAGUGACCCCUCUCGCGGACGGCGUGAGCUCCUUCGCUGCUGCAAGCUUCGACAGAUGGAUCUAUGUGAUUGGUGGUGGGCCCGAUGGAAAACUGGCCACCGAUAAGGUCCAACGCUGGGAACCAGGAACAGACUGCUGGGAGCUGCGGGCGCCCAUCCCCACCGAGACCAAAUGCACAAACGCUGUUACAUUCAAAGACUGCAUCUAUGUAGUCGGUGGAGCCAUGCACGCCAUGUACUGCUACUCCCCGCUGUCUGACUCCUGGUGUCUGGUGACCCGCCUGGGGGAGAGGGCGAGCUGCGCCAUCGCUGCCUGCAACAACAAACUUUUCAUCACCGGAGGAAGGGACAACAAGAACCAGGUCAUCUCCACGGUGAUGUGCUGGGACGUCGCCCGGCAGGUGCUGACGGAGGAGUGUGUUUUACCAAUGGGAGUGUCGCACCACGGCAGCGUCACGCUCAUGAAGUCCUACACACACAUACACAGAGUGACGCCUGCGCCGUGACAGUGACAAUGUGACACACGGGAGAAAACCAAAAGACUGCACUGUUGCUGAGGAUGGAAGUGAAGAACUGCGUAAGAGACGUUUGGAAAAAAUAAAUAUAAUUUGCUGUCAUGU